CGCCUGAGGGGACGCGCCUGCGCACUGGAUGCGAACUUGCUCUAAUCGCUGUAGUCGGGGCUCGGGACCGGCUGCCAUCUUAGUGGAGGGACCGAGGAGUCGUCGCCGCCCCGAGUCCCGGUAACAUGCAUUUCACAGUGGCCUUCUGGAAACAACGCCUUAACCCAAAAAAGUGACUCAGCCAGUGAGAACUUCAGCAAAUUUGAGGUAGCCUGCACUACCUGAGACCUCAUCUCAAAAAAAUACACACAAAUAUACACCAAAAGAAGAAAAGCAAAGAAUGAAAGAACGGAAAAGAAAGUGGUUCCUGAGGAUUAGUGCCUCAUAACCUGGAGACCGUCAUUACCAUGUGUGUUGGCAUACUCUUUCAUGCUUUGUCCUCAAUGUUUGCUGUCUUAUUGAUGGUUUGUCUGACAGUGGAUCACAGUUUCAUUCAGUGGGUAGCUUGAUCAUGAAAUCACAACUUCAGAUCACUGUCAUCUCAGCCAAACUUAAGGAAAAUAAGAAGAAUUGGUUUGGACCAAGUCCUUAUGUAGAAGUCACAGUAGAUGGGCAGUCAAAGAAGACAGAAAAAUGCAACAAUACAAACAGUCCCAAGUGGAAGCAACCACUUACAGUUAUCGUUACCCCUACAAGUAAAUUACAUUUUCGUGUGUGGAGUCACCAGACCCUGAAAUCUGAUGUUUUGUUGGGAACUGCUGCAUUAGAUAUUUAUGAAACAUUGAAGUCAAACAAUAUGAAACUUGAAGAAGUAGUUAUGACUUUGCAGCUUCUAGGUGACAAAGAGCCAACAGAGACAAUGGGAGAUUUGUCAGUUUGUCUUGAUGGGCUACAAGUAGAAGCUGAAGUUGUUACUAAUGGUGAAACUUCAUGCUCAGAAGGUCCUUCACAGAAUGAUGAUGGUUGUAGACCCAAAGAUGAAACAAGAGUGAGCACAAAUGGAUCAGAUGACCCUGAGGCUGCAGUGUCGGGGGAUAACAAGAGGACAAAUGGGAACAAUUCUCCAUCCCUUUCAAAUGGUGGUUUUAAGCCUUCUAGACCUCCGAGACCUUCGAGACCACCUCCGCCCACCCCACGAAGACCAGCAUCUGUCAAUGGUUCACCAUCUACCAGUUCUGAAAGUGACGGUUCUAGUACAGGCUCUUUGCCACCAACAAAUACAAAUGUAAAUACAAACACAAGUACAUCUGAAGGAGCAACAUCUGGGUUAAUAAUUCCUCUUACUAUAUCUGGAGGCUCAGGCCCAAGGCCACUGAAUACUGUAAGUCAAGCUCCCCUACCACCUGGGUGGGAGCAGAGAGUAGACCAGCAUGGGCGUGUUUACUAUGUAGACCAUGUUGAAAAGCGAACAACAUGGGAUAGACCAGAACCUCUACCUCCUGGGUGGGAACGGCGUGUGGAUAAUAUGGGACGUAUUUAUUAUGUUGACCAUUUCACAAGAACAACAACAUGGCAGAGGCCAACAGUGGAAUCUGUCCGGAACUAUGAACAAUGGCAGCUACAACGUAGUCAGCUUCAGGGAGCAAUGCAGCAGUUUAAUCAGAGAUUCAUCUAUGGGAAUCAAGAUUUGUUUGCUACAUCACAAAAUAAAGAAUUUGAUCCCCUUGGUCCUCUGCCCCCUGGAUGGGAGAAGAGAACUGAUAGCAAUGGCAGAGUGUAUUUUGUCAACCACAACACUCGAAUUACACAGUGGGAAGACCCCAGAAGCCAAGGUCAGUUAAAUGAAAAGCCCUUACCUGAAGGCUGGGAAAUGAGAUUCACAGUGGAUGGAAUUCCAUAUUUUGUGGACCACAAUAAAAGAACAACCACCUACAUAGAUCCACGUACAGGAAAAUCUGCCCUAGACAAUGGACCCCAGAUAGCAUAUGUUCGGGACUUCAAGGCAAAGGUUCAAUAUUUCCGGUUCUGGUGUCAGCAACUGGCCAUGCCACAGCAUAUAAAGAUCACGGUGACAAGAAAAACAUUGUUUGAGGAUUCCUUUCAACAGAUAAUGAGCUUCAGCCCGCAAGAUCUGAGAAGACGUUUGUGGGUGAUUUUCCCGGGAGAAGAAGGUUUAGAUUAUGGAGGUGUAGCAAGAGAAUGGUUCUUUCUUUUGUCACAUGAGGUGUUGAACCCAAUGUAUUGCCUGUUUGAAUACGCAGGGAAGGAUAACUACUGUCUGCAGAUAAAUCCCGCUUCCUACAUCAAUCCAGACCACCUGAAAUAUUUCCGCUUUAUCGGCAGAUUUAUUGCCAUGGCUCUAUUCCAUGGGAAAUUCAUAGAUACUGGGUUUUCUUUGCCUUUCUAUAAACGCAUUUUGAACAAACCAGUUGGACUUAAGGAUUUAGAAUCUAUUGAUCCAGAAUUUUACAAUUCUCUCAUCUGGGUUAAAGAAAACAAUAUUGAAGAAUGUGGUUUGGAAAUGUACUUCUCUGUUGAUAAAGAAAUUCUAGGCGAAAUUAAGAGUCAUGAUUUGAAACCCAAUGGAGGCAAUAUUCUUGUGACAGAAGAAAAUAAGGAGGAAUACAUCAGGAUGGUAGCUGAGUGGAGAUUGUCUCGAGGUGUUGAAGAACAGACGCAAGCUUUCUUUGAGGGCUUUAAUGAAAUUCUUCCCCAGCAAUAUUUACAAUAUUUUGAUGCAAAAGAAUUAGAGGUCCUUUUGUGUGGAAUGCAAGAGAUCGAUUUGAAUGAUUGGCAGAGACAUGCCAUCUAUCGCCACUACACAAGGACGAGCAAACAGAUCAUGUGGUUUUGGCAGUUUGUUAAAGAAAUUGAUAACGAGAAGAGGAUGAGACUUCUGCAGUUUGUUACUGGAACCUGCCGCCUGCCAGUGGGAGGAUUUGCUGACCUCAUGGGGAGUAAUGGACCACAGAAGUUCUGCAUCGAGAAAGUUGGGAAAGAAAAUUGGUUACCCAGAAGCCAUACUUGUUUUAACCGUCUGGAUCUCCCACCCUACAAGAGCUAUGAGCAACUGAAGGAAAAGCUGUUGUUUGCCAUUGAAGAAACAGAAGGAUUUGGACAAGAGUAACUGUGGAGACCUUAGGCCACCAGAGGACAGGGGCUCAUCUGCAGUGCCUGUCCCUUCCUUCUGCCUGUUGCACAUCUUAUUAUAAACUUGGACUGUGACUAGAGAGUUAUCUGAGUGUAAGUAGAUUAAUAUUGUUGUUGGGAUUUACCUUCCAGUGAUUCUGGAUUUCUCCUCAGCAUUUCCAGAAAGCAGAUCUACAGACAGUAAUCAAAAACUUACUUAACAAGAGAUUUAACACAA